UUUGGCUGCUUCUGCUGGAAGUCUCCUAUAUUUUGCCAGUUUCUUUCCAUUUAAUACCAUUAUUCAAUUCUACGGACAGAUGACCCUUACCAAGAAGGUGGCUGCCUGUCUCAGCUCAAAUGUUGCAUUGGCACUGGGGAUUAGUCAUCUGCUCAAGUUGGAAGUAAGACAAAUUGGUAUUAGAUGGAAUAAUAUUUGGACACAAGUCCACCUUGAGGAUAAUCUCAUGUUUGGCUAUAUUUUGUUAAUGCUUUUACUUGAUGCUUUCUUGUAUGGCCUUGUGACCUGGUAUAUAGAAACUGUCUUUCCAGGGCAGUAUGGUGUGCCCCAACCAUGGUACUUUUUUCUUAUGCACUCCUAUUGGUUUGGUGCACCAAAAAUUAGUAGAAAAGAAGAGAUGAAAAACUGUGGGGAAACUCCAAACAAGUAUUUUGAGCCUGAACCUACUACUUUGGUGGCAGGUAUCCAGAUCAAACAUUUGCACAAG